CCAUUUCCACCCUCCAAACCAAAACCAGAUCGAAAUCCUAGGGGCUAGGGUUACCCUCCACCCCCCAUCCCCAUCGUCCGUUCGGAUCCGAUCCGAUCCCCCGCCGCCCAAGCCUUCGCCGCCCAUCCAUGUCCCACCACGACGGCAGCAAGCCCUACCAGCCCCGCCGGGGGCCCGAGCGGCACCCGCAGCCGGCGGACGAGGUCGCCGCGCCGCCUCCCGCCGCCGUGGCCCCGACGGUGGACCACCUCGCCGCUGUGGCCGCCGAGGCGGAGGCGCUGAACCGCUACACCGAGGAGCAGCAGCAGCAGCAGAUGCUGCAGGGGCACGAGCAGGCGGGAGAGGACGAGGAGGAAGAGGACGGCGAGGAAGAAGAGAUGGAGGAGGACGAGGACGAGCAGGAGGGGGGGCAGGACGGCGGCGUCGGCGCUGAGCACGUCCCCAUGGACGCGGAUGCUGCCGCGGCGGCGGCCGCGGCGGCUGCCGCCGGCGCGCAGAUGGACCCGCAUGGGUCGAUGGUGCCUGGGGCCGUGCCGCCCAUGGCGAACAACCAGCUCACCCUCUCGUUUCAGGGCGAGGUCUACGUGUUUGAUUCCGUCUCACCUGAUAAGGUCCAAGCCGUUCUCUUACUGCUUGGUGGAAGGGAGCUGAACCACCCAGGGCUGGGCGCAGGGUCAUCCUCUGGAGCGUACAAUAAGAGGUUGAAUUUUCCUCAUCGGGUAGCAUCACUGAUGAGGUUUAGGGAGAAGCGGAAGGAGCGGAACUUUGAUAAGAAGAUCCGGUACAGUGUCCGGAAGGAAGUUGCUCUUAGGAUGCAACGCAACCGAGGUCAGUUUACAUCUUCAAAACCAAAGCCUGAUGAAAUAGCAGCAUCAGAAAUGGUGACUGCAGAUGGCUCCCCAAAUUGGGGGUCAGUGGAAGGCCGACCUCCAUCUGCUGCCGAAUGCCAUCACUGUGGUACUAGUGCUACAGCUACACCUAUGAUGCGUCGUGGACCUGAUGGACCAAGAACAUUAUGCAAUGCUUGUGGCCUCAUGUGGGCAAAUAAGGGUCUGCUGAGGGACUUGUCAAAAUCUCCUGUGCCUCUUCAAGCUGUGCAAUCAGCUCCUGUUCUAGAUGGUGGUCAGAAUGGAAGUGUCAUAGCAGCACCUGGCAGCGAGCUAGAGAAUCCUGCAGCAGCCAUGGCCAAUGGCCACGAGUCAUGAGGGGAGUAGUGCUGUAGUGGUGUUCAGUUCAGCGAUGGGUUAAAGCAACGAGGAUCAUCCUGGAGCAAUCUCUGCAGUAGGCGGUCAACUGUUGUACUAUAACUUGAGUGGGAACCUGCUUAGAUAUGGAAUACUUUUUAUCUUGCGUUGUGUAGGUUUUAAGAGCUGCGACAAUGUUUUAUCUCGUGGAAUCAUGUUUGCAGCCGUUGUUGCUAUAGCAAAUUUGUUUUUUCUUAUCUUGAGGCGCGACUGUUGAGAACUGAUGAAGUAAAUUGCUUCAGUGUGAGCACUUGCGUGCUUGUAGAUCUCAAAGCAGAUGUUUGACCCGUGCAUCGACGUCUCCUAUUUCUCA